ACACGGCUGCGGCAGCCGUGGGCCUGGGGGGGGGCGGAGCCACCGCCGCUGCCUCCGCAGCCCCGGUUGGGAUUUGAAAGAUUAAAAACUACCGGUGGAGAGGGCGACGGCGUUGAAUGUGUGGCGGAAGCGCUGGGGGCCGCGGCUCGGCGCGGGGCCGGGCAGCCGGCGGCGUCUCCACACCAUGAAUUACCCGGGCCGCGGGUCCCCGCGGAGCCCUGAACAUAACGGCCGGGGCGGCGGCAGCGCAGCCUGGGAGCUGGGCUCCAAUGCGGAGCCGGCGUUCGGCGGCGGCGUCUGCUGCUUCGACCACCUGCCCGGCGGGGACCCGGGCGACGGCGAGGUGCCACUGGCCCUGCUGCGCGGGGAGCCGGGGCUGCACUUGGCGCCGGGCGCGGAGGACCACAACCACCACCUGGCGCUGGACUCCUGCCUCAGUGACGAGAACUACGACUUCAGCUCGGCGGAGUCGGGCUCCUCGCUGCGCUACUACAGCGAGGGCGAGAGCGGCGGCGGCGGCAGCUCCUCGUCGCUGCACCCGCAGCCGCAACCGCCGCUGGUCCCGUCGAGCGCCGGGGGCAGCGGGACGGCGGGAGGGGGGUUCGGGGAGAGGAAGCGCACCCGGUCUGGCGGAACGGCCGCCAGGCACCGCUACGAGGUGGUGACGGAGCUGGGCCCCGAGGAGGUUCGCUGGUUCUACAAGGAGGACAAGAAGACCUGGAAGCCCUUCAUCGGCUAUGACUCGCUCCGCAUAGAGCUCGCCUUCCGAACGCUGCUGCAGGCCACCGGUGGCCGACCCCGGGCCGAGAACCGGGACGGCGACCGUGUGUGCGGCCCGGCCUCCAGCUCGGGUGAGGACGACGACGAGGACCGCGUCUGCGGCUUCUGCCCGCUCGCUGCGGGGCACGAGCCCGAGAUGGAGGAGCUGGUGAACAUCGAGCGGGUGUGUGUGCGGGGCGGCCUCUACGAGGUGGAUGUGACCCAAGGAGAGUGCUACCCGGUGUACUGGAACCAGGCAGAUAAAAUACCAGUAAUGCGUGGACAGUGGUUUAUUGAUGGUACUUGGCAGCCUCUAGAAGAAGAAGAAAGUAAUUUAAUUGAGCAAGAACAUCUCAGCUGUUUUAGAGGUCAGCAGAUGCAGGAAAAUUUUGAUAUUGAAGUGUCAAAAUCCAUAGAUGGAAAAGACGCUAUUCAUAGUUUCAAGUUAAGUCGAAAUCACGUGGACUGGCACAGUAUGGAUGAAGUGUAUCUUUAUAGUGAUGCAACAACAUCUAAAAUUGCAAGAACAGUAACCCAAAAACUGGGAUUUUCUAAAGCAUCAAGUAGUGGGACCAGACUUCAUAGAGGUUAUGUAGAAGAAGCCACGUUAGAAGACAAGCCAUCCCAGACUACCCAUAUUGUGUUUGUCGUGCACGGCAUUGGGCAGAAAAUGGACCAAGGAAGAAUUAUCAAAAAUACAGCCAUGAUGAGAGAAGCUGCAAGAAAAAUAGAAGAAAGGCAUUUCUCUAACCACGCAACACAUGUUGAAUUUCUGCCUGUUGAGUGGAGGUCAAAACUUACUCUUGAUGGAGACACUGUCGAUUCCAUUACUCCUGACAAAGUACGAGGUUUAAGGGAUAUGCUGAACAGCAGUGCAAUGGACAUCAUGUAUUAUACUAGCCCACUUUAUAGAGAUGAACUUGUUAAAGGCCUUCAGCAGGAGCUGAAUCGAUUAUAUUCCCUUUUCUGUUCUCGGAAUCCAGACUUUGAAGAAAAAGGGGGUAAAGUCUCAAUAGUGUCACAUUCUUUGGGAUGUGUGAUCACUUAUGACAUAAUGACUGGCUGGAAUCCAGUUCGACUCUAUGAACAGUUGCUGCAGAAGGAAGAAGAGUUGCCAGAUGAACGAUGGAUGAGCUAUGAAGAACGACAUCUGCUGGAUGAACUCUAUAUAACAAAGCGACGGCUGAGAGAAAUAGAAGAACGGCUACAUGGAUUGAAGGCAUCAUCCAUGACACAAACACCUGCCUUAAAAUUUAAGGUUGAGAAUUUCUUCUGCAUGGGAUCCCCACUAGCCGUUUUCUUGGCAUUGCGUGGCAUCCGCCCAGGAAACACUGGAAGUCAAGACCAUAUUUUGCCCAGAGAAAUUUGUAACCGGUUACUAAAUAUUUUUCAUCCAACAGAUCCAGUGGCUUAUAGAUUAGAACCGUUAAUACUGAAACACUACAGCAACAUUUCACCUGUCCAGAUCCACUGGUAUAAUACUUCCAAUCCUCUACCUUAUGAGUAUAUGAAGCCAAGCUUUCUCCACCCAGCAAAAGAACCUACCUCAAUUCCAGAAAAUGAAGGCAUUUCAACAAUACCAAGCCCUGUGACCUCACCAGUCUUGUCCCGCCGACACUAUGGGGAAUCUAUAACAAAUAUAGGCAAAGCAAGUAUAUUAGGGGCCGCUAGCAUCGGAAAGGGCCUGGGAGGAAUGUUGUUUUCAAGAUUUGGACGUUCAACUACAUCCCAGCCGUCUGAGGCAUCAAAAGACUCAAUAGAAGAUGAGAAGAAGCCGGUUGCCUCGCUUCCCACGACCACUGUUGCAACACAGACCCUUCCACACAGCAGUUCUGGCUUUCUGGAUUCUGCAUAUUUCAGACUUCAGGAAUCGUUCUUUAAUCUCCCACAACUUCUUUUUCCGGAAAAUGUAAUGCAGAAUAAAGAUAAUACCCUCGUGGAAUUGGAUCACAGAAUUGAUUUUGAACUCAGAGAAGGACUUGUGGAGAGCCGCUACUGGUCAGCUGUUACGUCACAUACUGCCUAUUGGUCUUCCUUGGAUGUUGCCCUCUUUCUUUUAACCUUCAUGCACAAACAUGAGCACGACAAUAAUGCAAAACCCAAUUUAGAUCCAAUCUGAACUCUUGAAGGACAUUAGUGGCCCAAAACUGAUUUCUUUCUGUUAAAAUGUGUGUGUCAAGAUAUGGAGAUUUCAGGUUUAAGUGUGUUUCAGUUUUGUUUAGGGCAAGAAGCAUUUGAAUUUAAAAGCACUUUAUUUAAAAGACAAAAAUAUUUUUUCAGUCUGCAAGAAAUUAUUUACAGUUUUCAUCAUUUAAUUAUGAGUCUGACAGAACCCCCUGCAGAAAAUCAAGCACGACCUGGAAUUGCGUUUGGGUGAACUGUAAGGUUAUAAAUCACAAUCUGAUUUCUCCCAAGUAUAAAGGCAUAUUGAGUUGGAUCUAAUGUAUUAACCAAAAUAUGUUGUAAAUCUAAAAUGGCCAAGGUCCAUUGUAGUCUGUGUGAAGGUCACAGGUGGUAUCACUGUUGUAGAUUUCUACAAAAGCUUCUAUUUCCGCAGUUCCUUUGAAACAAGAGGAUAACAGAUUUCGAGUGUUUUGAAUUUAACUUGCUUAGAAAAAUGAAUGCUAAAAAAAGAAUGUUUGAACUACUGUAUUUAUAAUUUAUUACCUCUAAUGGCUUUAUUUCAGUAUAUGAAACAUGACAUUUUUAAAAUGCUUCCUUUGAACAAUUUAAGAACCACCUUUGUUUUCUAUAGCAUUAAGACCCUUUUUUUCCUCAAAACUCCAUCUUUGUACUCUUCAGAUGAAUAUAUAGACACUGUGGCAUACUUUCGGUAUUUUUUUCAUUAAAAACUUGUUUCACAUAAUUAACACUAGUUAUUUUGAAAAAGAAUGAACUUUUUAUUAUGUGACAUGUACCUCAGAGAAAGCUAAAGUUUUCUAAAUUUGACGCAACGUACUCCAUCAUGGCUACAUUUCAUUAACUUUAUUGGACAAUUAGUAAACAACUUUGGAGUAGUGAGUACUACAACUAUUUUGAAUAUAUAAACAUCUGUGUGCCAAACAAUUAACAUAUAUAAAGGGAUAGAGUGCCACUAACACAUUUUACUUGUGAAGUGUUUAAGAAAACCUGGUUGAGAUACAAGGCACAUAGAUCAGGAUUCUAAGGCACUGGGAGAAUUUUCCUUUGCUGUGAUUGUCUCCACAGUGCUUUUCAUCUCAGGAGCUCAAAGUUCUUUAAGAUUCAGUCAUCUAUGUGGUAGCUCCUUGAGGUGAGUGUUUUUCUCAUGUUACGUGUUAAUACACUAAGGCACCAAAACAUUUUAAAGUGCCUUGAGUUAGAUUACAGAGCAAACAGAAGAGCUCAGAUUGAGGCUAGCCUAUAGUCUUUUAUAUGCUGUUCAGUGACUAGUAAUUCACGUGUGACCUCUUAGUAGUUUGCAAACAGUAAUAAUCACAGAAGUUGUAAUGUGUAAUUUGGAGAAGAGACUGUGAAGCCAGUAUUUUACCCUGCUUUUCGAAUAUGUUCUGGGGUUCUGACGUACAGAGGAGAGUUACUUAGAGGGGACCAUCUCUACCCUAACCAACCCUCACUUCCGAAUGGCUUCUACUAGGUCCCACUUAAGGUGCUGUCUUUGCUUAUCUUGCAAGGAUUUUCUUAGCUGCCCAGUAAUUGUCGUCAGACUGGGAACAAAGUUGGAUCAGUUGCACAUCUCACCUACUCCUUUCUUAAACAAAGUAGUGGAAUCCAUAGGCUCACCUGUAGGUUUUCCUACAGCACCGUCAGUCCUCUUGUUUAUUCUGGCCUUUCAUUGAAUUUGCACAGCAGAAAGCACUUCUCCGUGCUUAAAAAGAUCCCAAGUUUCCAUGACCAAAUAUGUGACUCCCCAAGAAAUGCUUGCUAUAAAAGGCUUUUGAUGAAAUCUUAGCAAAGCUGAAGCAAUCUCUUUCAAAUUUAGAGAUUCCUGUGAACUCAGGUCACUUUCAUACCCUGUAUUAUUUUGUAAGUCUAAUUUAGUUCUCAGGAAAAUUAAAACUCCUGUCUCACGCGACUGUAUCAUUAAAGGUACUUGAGCUUACGUCGCUGUAGGUGGUGUGACCCUCAAAUGUUUACGAGCUUUAAGGGAUUCAUUCUUUACCACUAGAAUGUGAAGAGCCCUUUUUACCUGAGAAGAGUAAAGUCUAUCAAACCUUUUAAUUUGCUAUGGAAUUUAAAAAAAAAAAAAAAAAAAAAAGGAUAUAGCCAUAGCAUAUUAUCUGCUUCUCAUUUUUGAUGUUGAGGAAACAAAAUCAAAUUUAACCAUAUGGAGUUUAUUUGAAUUCUUGAAAAGAGCAACACUUAAACCCCCUUGGCAAAAUGAUACAUUCUGGAUUACUGAACAGGUGUUUUGGUUUCAAUUCAUUAUUUCAUUAAUAGAGAUGGUGAUCUUGAUUUGAUAGUACUCUUCUUGUUUCCAUGUUUCUGCAUGUUACCAUGGAAUGUACUUGUAUAUACUCAAGUAAUAUACAGAGUAUGUGUAAUUCCAGCUUGAUUUAGAAGCUAAGUCCGUUACUGAGUAACAUUUUGCAACUUUAUUCCAGCAAGUACUAAAUUGGCCAAAAAGUUCUGUUUUUGAUACCAUUAAAGUUUUAUUCUCUA